AUGGGAACUCCAGCUCUCGAGAUAGUACGCUACAACAAGCGCUACUACAUUCGUCAUCAUCAGUUAGACGGCUACUUCGAGGGUCUCGGCGCCCAAAUUGUAGCGAGCAUUCCCCCCGACCCCGAGGGGUACCUGAAGUGGCUCAAGUCGAUGCGAGAAAGGUAUGCCGCCAGGGAACGCGCACUUGAACAGCAUGUCUAUGAGAUCCACGACCUGUCCGAGCCAGACUAUUCGCAGUUUCGCGAGUUCAUAGCGCUGCCAUCCGAGCUACCGCAGCUACAUGACAGCAGCCUCCAAUACUCGUACAUCAUCAACAUUGACGACGAGGUUCUCACAAUGGACAACGGCAUACACUGGGUGCUAGGGAACAUCCCGCGCCAGGACGAUCUAUGGCUUCGGGCAAUCGUCGAGAGUAUCUACCUGCGCAAGCCCACCAUCUCCCUCGACAUCUGCCCAGAAAAGCAUAUGGCAUCACUGGCUUUGGAGCUUCCCAAGCCGAACAAGGUGAUCGACUAUGCCUUCCGCAUCGUAACUCCACGGACGAACAUCCGAGAGGCGCACAACGUGUUCCUUAUAUUCGUUCUGGCCACGGUGCUUAUUGAUUGCAAGAAUGACAUUAUUGGAUUUGGGAGGGAGUGGAGCCCGGACUCGUUUCCCUUUCGCGAGCUGGCCUUUGCCCUCGUUUCGAUUGCCUCUGGCCAGGCCAAAUUUCAUUCCUUUCCUGCUCAGCAGUGUAACCCUCGACAUGACUGCUUGUGGAAUUGCAACUCGCAACACCUCCCAAAGUCGCCUGGAUGGCUUGACGAAGAGUGGGUUGGCAACAGCGCUCCGUUGCUGGAAUUUGGCUCCAUGUCUCAUCGACCGGGGGAGCCCCCAGGGGCGUCACCUAUCGAGACGAUGUACUGGCUCGAUGACGUGCUUGUCAGCCUUACGCUAGUGGUUGAUGGCGAGGCCAUCUCGAAGGCCGUUAGCUGGGGCAUCGAACAGGGACGCACUAACUUUCAGAUAGUAGUCUUGUCACUUUUCAAAGUAUCCUUUUCGGAAGUGUCUUUGGACGAUGACGAGAAGCCAUUCGUUAGAGUCAGCUCAGCUGUCGCUCUCUCGCCUCUGCGCGCAGGAUAUUGUGUGAGCACACAUCCGCGCGAGCGACCAGAGCUAAAGGACGGGAUGAAGAUCCAGCGUCAGCGCGGUCAGUACAUCAUGCAGUCGAACUGGAAGGGCACCGCGCGAAGACUACGAAAUAUGUUCCCCGGACUCGCAGCGCUCGUCAACUUCUUCGAGGUCGCUGCGAGCCGCCGCGCAGCAUCCAAGUCGGAAGGCAUUCUGCCGCAGGAACUGUACCGCAUGAUUCUAGACUUUGUCGAUUACGAUACAUGGAAGACCUGCUUAGUCGUGUCGCGAGUGCUUCGUUUCUGGUGCCUCGAUAAGUACAGGCUUGACGAUCGAAUGAGGAUUGUGGGAGGCCCCUUUGUGAGGCUACAGAAGAAUCAAAAGGAACGUCUGCUGUCAUUCGAAUUUGAAAACAUGCAAACGGGCAAGAUCCUUCCGAUGAUGCAGGACCCGUGGUGCGUUAAGACUGCCGAGUGUAAUUGGAUGCCGGUCAUCGGCAGCAACCGGAAGGCGCUUAUGUUAAACGUGGUCGUCCAGUUUGAGCCAGCGGGGGACGUUCCAGUGGAGGAUGACAGCGAUGAUGAACGCACAUGA